ACGUGCUAACGUGCUAACCGAGGGGGUCUCCAUCAGCCGGCGGCGGGGGACGACUGCGAGGCAGCGGAGAGAGAAGUCACCGGACAGACCCGAACCUUCCCCGCAGAACCGGGGGGCUCUUCCGCUCAGUGAGCUGCUUCCAGAGAGGCGACAGCCAUGUCCGACUUCGACAGCAACCCGUUCGCAGACCCGGACUUCAGCAACCCCUUCCAGGAUCCCUCUGUGACGCAGGUGACCCGCUCUGCCCCUCCUGGUGGUCUAGAGGAAUAUAACCCCUUCACAGACGGCAGAACGGCAGCCCCUGGAAAUGCCCCCAAAUCGACUCCUGCCCCUGCCCAGAACACACAACCUGCCAUCAUGAAGCCGACAGAAGAGCCACCGGCUUAUUCACAGCAACAGACUCAGGACCAAGCACGUGUUCAGGCUGAGUUGUUGAGAAGGCAGGAGGAGUUAGAGAAGAAAGCAGCGGAGCUUGAUCGUCGCGAGAAAGAGUUGCAGUCCCACGGAGCCGCGGGAGGGCGUAAGAACAACUGGCCUCCACUGCCAGAGAAGUUCCCCGUCGGCCCGUGUUUCUACCAUGAUAUUGCUGUGGACAUUCCUGUAGAGUUCCAGAAGACAGUCAAGAUCAUGUACAACCUUUGGAUCUCCCAUGCAGCCACACUCUUUGUGAACAUGUUCGGCUGCCUGGCCUGGUUCUGUGUGGAUGCGUCCCGUGGUGUCGAUUUUGGCCUGGCGAUGCUCUGGUUCCUGCUGUUUACCCCCUGUUCUUUCGUCUGCUGGUACAGACCGCUCUACGGGGCUUUCAGGAGUGACAGCUCGUUCCGCUUCUUUGUUUUCUUCUUCGUCUACAUCUGUCAGUUUGGAGUUCACGUCCUGCAAACUAUCGGCAUCACCGGCUGGGGAACAUGUGGCUGGAUUACAGCUUUAACUGGUCUGAACGCCAGCAUCCCAGUGGGCAUCAUCAUGUUACUGAUCUCAGCUCUGUUCACUGCACUGUCCGUGGGCUCGCUCAUCAUGUUUAAAAAGGUGCACGCUCUCUAUCGGACCACCGGGGCCAGUUUUGAGAAGGCUCAGCAGGAGUUUGCGACCGGAGUCAUGACCAACAAGACGGUUCAGACGGCAGCCGCCAACGCUGCCGCUAACGCUGCAACCAACGCCGCUCGUGGGGCCUUUAAACCUCAUCCAUAAACCCACACACACACACACACACAGUGAUAAGGUGGAGAUGCACAGCUCUGGCCCUGCUGGUUCUCAGAUCAAAUUGAUUUUUAAUUGAUGAAUGUUGCAAUGCCCUGCACACGUUGCUAAAGAAAAGUGUAACGUAAAUAACAGACAAGUGUCCAGAGCUGUUCAUCCUCAUUUAUCAGUGAAAACUCCUCUACAUCCGCCCUGUCUGCUUUUCAGUCAGGCUGCUCACAUCCCUUUGAAACGUCCACGUACUGACUCGAGGUGGGUUCUGAGUGUGUGGGAUUCCAUCUCACUCUCUCAUCUCACUCCUCUUCCUGCUCCUCUGUCCUCCUCUGUCUGCUGAUGAUAGUGCAUCCGGACAAGACAGUUCUAGCAUUCCUUAUUGUUGUCAUGGUGACGACAUCUAAACAGCUUCCUGCCUGGUUAUUUUUUAAUACAGCAGAGAGUCAUGAAAAGUGAUAAUCCGCUCAUUGUGUUUUGCACAGUUUUGUUUUUCUUGGUCAGAUACUGAAAGUACAGUAUAUGUUGGAUUGGCUGCAGCUGCGUGUGAAUCUUUACAUCACUUGAAAGGAGAAAAUUGUGGCUUUUCAUGAUCACUCCGGUGCUUGAACAUGAAGGUGUGACAUUUGAAUAUACCUUUAACUCUAUCAGUGCUUCAUCUGUCAGACAAUACCCUUCUCGUUAUGGUAGAACUUAAUUAUUAUAGGAGUAUGUGUGUAUGUCCUUCCUUAAGGACCUGCCCCCAUCAGAACUCCAGGGACACCUGUCAGGUGAAAUCUUUCCUCUCUGUCCGAUUUUAUUUGACCGGGGGGGGGUCGGAAUCUCUGGUGCUAACUAAGAUCUGACAGCAUUUAAACGACGUGCAUAUCAAGCACCCUGAAGGUAGAAGUCGCUCCCUCCUCUGGAUCAGGGGAACGUCUACUUGUGUUUUUCCCACCAGUUCCUGUGAGAAGCGAGCUGCAGAGUUCUGUCCCAGUGGCUGUUUGACUGAUUGACGAUGUUUGGAUCUAUUCGUGGAGACGCACUGAACACCCAGGUCAGUAGAGGUCACCAGUUCUCACCAGAAACCUUCAGUCCGGUGCUCUCGUGCAUUAAAAGGGGGGAGAACACCUGAGGAAUAAUUGCGUUUCCUUUUACGUGUGCGUGGCAUUAAUCGUGUGCCCCCCCCUCAGUUGUUUCUCCAGCCCUUCACACUAACGGCGCUAUGAGUCUGGAGAGCUGCUCGGUCGCGGCCUCCUGUUGAAAAGGACGCAUAAUAACGUACAAAGUGAUAACUGAGAGAAGGAACCUGGCUUUUCCCACUGAACACUACCUGGACAGUGAUGAAGUUAUUCUUUUCCUGAGAUUAUCCUAAAUACACGAACCAGUAAAAACACUGUUGCUGAUAAUAUGUACACUAACAGUCUGUUUGCAUUUUUACAGACAAAGCCAGUGCACUGAUUUUCCCAUCAGUACUGGCCUCAGAAGUGUCUCAGCCAUUAAGAACAUUAAGAUAAGAGAGAACUGGACGUGACACAUUGAUAUCACUAAGAUAUGUUAAUUUAUAUACAAUAAUAACAGUGUUUUUCAGCACUAAGCUGUAGAGACGACUCAUGAAGUAUGGUUGCGGGUUACAUACGUGUAUCUCUCAUCGUCGUGGUGAGUGUGAAGACGUACAUGAUUGGUGACUGGUGCUGCUGUUACCACAUUGCAAAUGUGCAGAUUAAGAUCAAUAACUCGUCAUGACAAAGCAAGAAAACGUCUUGGCAGCAUUUUGUGUUCGAAAUAUUUUUGUUUUAAACUCAUUGCACAUUUCUUGUUUUGCGUUAAACCUAGUGCGAAAGACAAAACAUGUUUUUAUUUAUGGUGUAAUUUAAGUUGUUCCUGUUUGGUUUGAUUUUACAUUAUGUAUUAUGUUUGUGUGUGUAUUUUAUUUUUUAUUAAUGACAUCACCGUAGCAUAAGCUAGAUAGUGUUUAACGACCUUGCAACUUGAUCCUGAAGGAGUUGUGCUCGUGUGGAUGAGGAUGUGUGUAUGACUGGUUUGAUAGAAAGAAGAAAUCUCCCUCAAGUGUUAUUCUAAUUCCUGAAAAGCUGUGAGAGAUCAACCAAAUGUCCAUUUAGAUUUGUUUUUAAAUCUCUGUUUGUAACGUGUUCCCUUGCCAUGUUUUACCUUGAGGUAUUAACACAACUUAUCUUUGCUACACACAUGAUUUCCAUGUAUCUAUAGUUUUAAGCAGUUGUUAAAUGAAGCCAUUGCCUAUGUGGGUGAGUAGUUGAUGUAUUUGGCGAGCUGGUCCGCAGUACAGAACGUGUUUGAAGUUUGCUGACACAUUAUUUCACUGAAUCAGAGAAGAAACUCAUUCAAAAGGGACACUUGUAUAUUUUGUAAAGUUGAAAAUUUGAUCCCCAUUGUCAGUCACUUGUAAAAAGAAAAUGUAAUGCACUCUCGUCUGGCCUUUGUCGCAUGUGAAAUAGUUUGAGUUUUGUAUA